GUGGUGAGGGAGAGAGACCAGAAGAAACCUGCAGAGAUGGGGUUCUCCUUCUUCUUCUCCGCUGAGACCUGGACCCUCCUGGUGGCGCUCAUCACAUUGGUCUUUGUGUAUUCCUGCUGGACACAUGGAAUAUUUAAGAAAUUGGGCAUCCCUGGUCCCCGACCAGUCCCCUUUUUUGGCACUAUGCUGGGAUAUAAAAAGGGAUUUGUUGCCUUUGACGAGGAGUGCUUCAAGAAAUAUGGAAAAAUCUGGGGCAUUUUUGACGGCCGUCAGCCCGUGAUGUGCAUCACAGAUCCCACGAUGAUAAAAGCCGUUCUGAUAAAGGAGUGCUACUCCGUCUUCACCAAUCGCAGAAACUUCCGCCUGAACGGGCAGCUGUACGACGCCGUGUCCAUCGCGGAGGAUGACCAAUGGAAAAGGAUUCGCAGUGUCCUCUCGCCCUCCUUCACCUCGGGAAGACUAAAAGAGAUGUUUGACAUAAUGAAGCACCACUCUGCCAACCUGACCAGCAGCAUGAAAAAGACAGCAGACAAGGAUGAGGCCUUAGAGCUGAAAGAGUUCUUUGGACCCUACAGCAUGGAUGUAGUAGCCAGCACCGCCUUCAGCGUGGACAUCGACUCACUCAACAACCCCUCAGACCCAUUUGUCGCUAACAUCAAGAAGAUGCUGAAGUUUGACAUUUUUAACCCGCUCUUCCUCCUUGUUGCUUUCUUCCCCUUCAUGGGUCCGGUUCUUGAGAAGAUGGAGUUUUCCUUUUUCCCCGCGUCUGUCACAGACUUCUUUUACGCUGCGCUGCAGAAGAUCAAGGACAACCGAGUGCACAACACGGAAAAGAAUCGAGUGGAUUUCCUCCAGUUGAUGAUUGACUCGCAGAAAAACAACAACCUCAGUAAAAUGGAACCAAACAAAGGUUUAAACGACCAUGAGAUCCUCUCUCAAGCGAUGAUUUUCCUCUUUGCCGGCUAUGAAACCACCAGCAGCUCUCUCAGUUUCGCGUCUUACAAUCUGGCGAGAAACCCUCGCGUCAUGAAACGGCUGCAGGAGGAGAUCGACUCCACCUUCCCGAACAAGGGUCCCGUUGAGUACCAGGCCCUGAUGCAGAUGGAGUACCUCGACAGCGUCAUCAACGAGUCUCUCCGACUGUACCCCAUCGCCGCACGCCUGGAGCGUGUGGCCAAGGCGACCGUGGAGAUAAACGGCGUUGUUAUUCCAAAGGGUAUGGUCGUCAUGGUACCGACAUGGCCCAUUCACCGGGAUCCUAACCUGUGGCCCGAGCCCGAGGAGUUCAAACCUGAGAGGUUCACCAAGGAAACCAAGGAGACGAUUGACCCCUUCACGUACAUGCCUUUCGGGGCGGGACCAAGGAACUGCAUUGGGAUGCGGUUUGCUCUGGUGAUGAUGAAACUAGCUUUGGUGGAGAUCCUGCAGAAGUUCAGCUUCUCUGUGUGUAAGGAAACGGAGAUCCCCUUGGAGAUGGACAUCCAGGGCCUGCUGGCCCCAAAGCGACCAAUCAAACUGAAGCUGGAGCCACGUUCUGAGUCCUAAAAUGAAUCAAAUUUUAAAAAAUAAAAACAAGAUGAAAGAUUAUAAACAUUGCUGUGUAGCGACGUUCCGUCGGCGCACUUUUCGUGAAGCCGCAGACACACCGAGUUCCUGUUUCCUGACAUCGGAGCUUUCUUUUCUUCUUGUCUUUAUUUGAUGUAAACAAAGAUACCUUAACUAUAUACACCAAACAAAUGAACGCUAUCCUAGUUUAAUACGAUCUUACGGUCUUGUUCUCACGGUGUUUCCUGGUGCCUAAUGCAGCUCGUUACCUGCUCCUGUCAUGACGUCAUUCAUAAACUUCGUCCUUGUGGCUCUUACAAUUGCCAUUUUGAUCAUGGUAGCAUUAUAGUAGAGUUGUGUGUACAUCUGUAUCAGCUGGUUAUAUUUUGUUUCCAUUGAAGCUUUUAUAAUAUUCAUCCAAAACUACGAGAAAAUUGAUCAUUUAUCAAACCUGUGGUAACAAUAAAGAAAGGUUUGGAUCUUC